AUUAAUGUAUGGGCAGGUGUAAUUGGUGAUAGAUUGGUAAAUAUUCUUACGAAAUAACAAUUUUUCUUUUGCUAUACUUAUACAUAUACUCGACGCGUAUAUUAAUAACUGUUACAAAUAAUUACCGCUCUUAUAAAUUACUACUAAUUUUUAGAUUGGCCCAUUCUUUCUGCCACCACGGCUUAAUGGAGAAGUAUACGGACAUUUUUUAAUUAAUGAGUUGCCGCUUCUUUUAGAGGAUAUUCUUCUACAUGUUCGGAAUAAUAUGAUUUUCCAACAUGAUGGAGCUCCGGCACACUUCUCCCGUCGUGUGCGUGAUAUCUUAGACGCACGUUUUCCAGAUAGAUGGAUGGGUCGAGGUGGCCCAAUCGCCUGGCCACCACGAUCGCCGGAUUUAAACGUGCUCGACUACUUCGUAUGGGGCCACAUUAAAACGAAGGUCGAGCACAUGCGUGAACGUGGCGAAGCUGAGGUGCGCGAAGCGAUAUCAGCGGCCUUUCAAACAAUAACGCCAGACAUGAUACGCCGUGCAACACAGCAGAUUGUUCGAAGAGCCGAACUGUGUUUAGAAACACAAGGCAAACAUUUCGAGCAAUUAUUGCAUUAAAAUAAUGAGAGUGGAUUAGGCCUACUGGGGAAACCACUUAAAAAAAAACGUGCCAAGCUAUCUACCUCGGUGGUGGUGCGGAAACGAUAGCGUUUUCGUGGAUUUGCGAAGUUUUUGACUCUGCAAUACUGUAGCUAAGAGUAAAGCAGAACGUUGUUGCAAUUUUUAUAUUAAAAAAACAAAGAUAAAAAGAUGUAUGUCGCGAAUUUAGCAGAAUACCUUUCCCUCUAAAGUAUUUACAGAAACACAAUAAACAGCAUUUCUAACAACAGUUCCAAUCAAUACUAUUCGAGUUUCAUUAUGUGUCAUAAAAUUUUUUUUUAACGAAAUUACUUUUUCUUGAACACUUUUAAUAUUAAACGCGAUACAACACUCAGAGAGAAAAUAUCGCGCUGAUUAUUUAUCGCAGUUCUAGUGAUAAUUUUCGCUAAUUUUUUUCUUCGAGCGUGUUUAAUAAAAAUUUUUAUUUAAAUUACACAAAAUAUAAGUAGAUAGUACAAUGUGAAGAUGUUAUUAAAAGUGAUAAUAUUU